AUGGCGCCUCUGAAGACGCUGAUCCUUGGCCUCUGUAGCCUUUUAGCAGGCCGUCCCCAUGUGGCGGCCUUAACUCCAAUUGUUGAUUCUUUAUUGUCUGAUGCAGCAUCUCCUUCUGUAACAGCUUCCCAAACAUCGUCUACGACUGGCUCAGGAGGAUUUGGAGCUUUCCCUUUUCCAAAUGCAGGCUUCGCAUUGCCCACUGGGAAACAGAGAGUCAGCAGUCACGCCAGGAUAACACAGAUGGAGGACUCCAUAGCAGAUAUGGACACACUCUUGCAGGGACUGGAAGAUGUCGUUACAAACCUCACCGUCACCCACAACACAACAGAGGGCGAUGUCGCUACACUGGGGAGUGAUGUGAGUACGCUGCAGUCGAGGAUUGCAUCCAUUACCUCAGACAUAACGGUGAUCCAGCAGUCCCAAGCAGCUGCUACAGCACCUGACCCAGUCCAUAGCAGAUGCAGCAGUCUUCGCUCUGUCAACAUCAUCAAGAUUCCUCCCAAGAAGAAGAAACUUGCCAGGGGACGAGCAAGAGCCAAGAAUACCAUACCUGCAUCUGCUGCAGAAGCUCCCGUGGACGAAGCUGUAGAAGCCACUGUGGAGGGAGCUGUAGAAGCCCCUGUGGAGGGAGCUGUAGAAGCUCCUGUGGACGAAGCUGUAGAAGCUCCUGUGGAGGAAGCUGUAGAAGCCCCUGUGGAGGAAGCUGUAGAAGCUCGUGUGGAGGGAGCUGUAGAAGCUCGUGUGGAGGGAGCUGAAGAAGCUCGUGUGGAGGGAUCUGUAGAAGCUCCUGUGGAGGGAGCUGUAGAAGCCCCUGUGGAGGGAGCUGUAGAAGCUCGUGUGGAGGGAGCUGUAGAAGCUCCUGUGGACGAAGCUGUAGAAGCCACUGUGGAGGGAGCUGUAGAAGCCCCUGUGGAGGGAGCUGUAGAAGCUCCUGUGGACGAAGCUGUAGAAGCUCCUGUGGAGGAAGCUGUAGAAGCCCCUGUGGAGGAAGCUGUAGAAGCUCGUGUGGAGGGAGCUGUAGAAGCUCGUGUGGAGGGAGCUGAAGAAGCUCGUGUGGAGGGAUCUGUAGAAGCUCCUGUGGAGGGAGCUGUAGAAGCCCCUGUGGAGGGAGCUGUAGAAGCCCCUGUGGAGGGAGCUGUAGAAGCUCCUGUGGACGAAGCUGUAGAAGCUCCUGUGGAGGAAGCUGUAGAAGCCCCUGUGGAGGAAGCUGUAGAAGCUCGUGUGGAGGGAGCUGUAGAAGCUCGUGUGGAGGGAGCUGAAGAAGCUCGUGUGGAGGGAUCUGUAGAAGCUCCUGUGGAGGGAGCUGUAGAAGCCCCUGUGGAGGGAGCUGUAGAAGCUCGUGUGGAGGGAGCUGUAGAAGCUCGUGUGGAGGGAGCUGAAGAAGCUCGUGUGGAGGGAUCUGUAGAAGCUCCUGUGGAGGGAGCUGUAGAAGCCCCUGUGGAGGGAGCUGUAGAAGCUCGUGUGGAGGGAGCUGUAGAAGCUCGUGUGGAGGGAGCUGUAGAAGCUCGUGUGGAGGGAGCUGUAGAAGCUCCUGUGGAGGGAGCUGUAGAAGCCCCUGUGGAGGGAUCUGUAGAAGCUCCUGUGGAGGGAGCUGUAGAAGCCCCUGUGGAGGGAGCUGUAGAAGCCCCUGUGGAGGGAGCUGUAGAAGCUCCUGUGGAGGGAGCUGUAGAAGCUCCUGUGGAGGGAGCUGUUGAAGCUCCUGCGGAGGGAGCCGUACGCUCGCCCUCACGCCCUCACUUUUCUGAAGAAGAGGGCCAAAAUGACUGUGUAUUGCUUGACUUUGCCAGAGGAAAGGACCAUGCUGGAGUUCGUCGCCUGGACAAGAGUGAGUGA